AUGAAUCGUCUCUUCGGCACAGCCGCGCCCAAGGCGCCCAAACCAACACUCAACUCUGCUAUCAGCAGUCUCGAAGAGCGGAUCGGGCGCAUCAACGUGAAACUCAAAGAACUCGACGCAGAACUGCAAGGCUACCAAGCCAAGCUAUCCAAGAUGCGCGACGGGCCAGGCAAGACAGCCCUCAAGCAAAAGGCAAUCAAAGUCCUUCAGCGGCGCAAGCAGUACGAAGCACAGCGCGACCAGCUCGAGGCACAGGCGUGGAACAUGGAGCAGGCACAAACAAUGCAAGACAAUCUCAAGAACACGAUGGUGACGAUUGAUGCGCUCAAGUCGACGACCAAGGCGCUGAAGAAGGAGUAUGGAAAGGUGGAUAUCGACAAGAUCGAGCGGCUGCAGGACGAGAUGGCCGAUUUGUUGGAUGUGGGGAAUGAGAUACAGGAGAGCCUGGCUAGGAGUUAUGCCAUUCCGGAGGAUGUGGAUGAGGCUGAACUGGAUGCUGAGCUAGAAGCCCUGGGGCAGGAGAUGGAGUAUGAGCGGGAGCUUGGGUUGUCAGCUGGGCCCGAGGGCUCGUUACCCAGCUUCUUGCAGGAUGAAGUCCCUGAGUUUAUUGACGAGCCGCCGCAACAAACUGGCACGAAGGUCAAGGAGGCGGCAGGCUAA